GUGCGCCGCACACACGACAAUUGGUCGUUGACAACAAAUAAGAUAAACGUUGAUCUUUUGAACUUUGAUAGCAAUUUUUAAUGGCCCAGUUACAAGUUGGUAAAUAACUGUUCUACACUGAUCAAUCAAAAUGGAUCCCUGUAUGGAGAUGGAUGCAGCUGACAAUAUUGAACGAGGAAAAAAGCCCUUUCCUGAAAACAUGACCUUGACUGAAAAUGCCUCAUUUACAUACAGCUCUACCACAAGUGCUUGUCUUGAUUUUUACUUUGAAGUGAUGCAACAAACUCCGAAUGAUCAAAUUGUAGAGACACUGAAGAAGUCAUGGGAUGAAGAUCCACUUGUUUCUCUGAAGUUAAUUUUUCAGUUACGCGAUGUCCGUUCGGGAAAGGGAGCGGUAAUUGAAUUUCAUCACUGCCUCAUUUGGCUAUUUCACAAUCAUCCCGAAACAUUGCUCUAUAAUCUUGAAUAUGUUCCCAAACAUGGCUACUGGAAAGAUCUCUCUUGGUUUGUUAAAUUUCUGCUUGAGGACCAUGUUUCCAUGACUAAGGAACGUCAGAAACGGUUGAGAACUUCAGAGUCAAGCAAUGAGCAAGCAAGUGUUAAAUAUUCCCUGGAAGAUAUUAUCAAGAAACGGGUAGAUGGUAUGGUGAAGAAAGCUGUCUGGAAACGCUACUUGAAGCAAUUGCCCGAUGACGAAUCAAGGAAAAAUGCUCAACUGAAAUUCAAGGAGUUAUCGAAAGCUAUUCAUCUAGAACGAAGCAGAGAAGCCAAGAUGAAGAAAAAAUCCCUUAAAGAUGUCUCAGCCGUCAAACUUUUGAACUUCAAGACCCUCCAUCAACAUUUCCCUGCAGUGUACGACAAGGUUGUCAACUUAUUUUCAUCUGCUCUAAAGCGUGACAAGGAAGUUCUGGCAAAAGAAAAAAGUUUGCCAAAGACUGCUUUAGCGGGGAAAUGGGCUCCUGCAAUUGGAGGUUCCAUUGAUUCGGUUACUUCGCUUGGUAAAAAUGUUGCUCGUUCGUUGUAUUCUUCGACACAUCAACGUGACGCAAAAGAAUCUGAUUCAGAUUACGACACAAAAGCCUUCAUUUACUACCGCAAAGAAUUCCUGACUCCACUGAGAGCUUCAAUCAACGUCCCGGAACGAACAAUGUCAAUGAAGAAAUGGACUGAACUAGACUAUCAACGAGUUCCUUCGGUGUGCAUGAAAAGAAAUAAGAAGCAAUUUUUAAAGAACGAUGCCGAGCGAUUUGGUCAAUACCUCGAAGAUGUCAAGUCAGGAAUAAAGAAAAUUGCGUCCGGAGCUCUACUCCCCCAUGAAAUUAUUAAGCAGUUCAUGACGCCCAUUUCUUCUCUGCCUGAAGAAUUGAUGACAGUAGGAGAACUUCAAUGGAAAAGCUAUGUCGAGAAUUUGAAGAAAUCUGGACUGUUUGAAAGCUGUUUGUCUGUGUGCGAUGUUUCCGGAUCUAUGAGUGGAAUCCCAAUGGAAGUCGCAAUAGCUUUGUCUCUCUUAACAGCAGAAUUAUCAAAGCCGCCAUUCAACAGCUACAUAUGUAGUUUUUCAUCCACUCCUUCCCUUCAGAAGAUAGACCAGCCCUCGCUUACGAAAAGAAUUGAAUCGGUCUUGGAAAUGGAUUGGGGAAUGAGUACCAACGUGCAGGCAGUCUUUGACCUCAUAUUAGAACUGGCAAUCAGCGUUAAACUUCCACCUACAGAAAUGGUAAAAACUCUUUUCAUCUUCUCGGAUAUGGAGUUUGAUGAUUGCGGAGGGAACGAAUACGAGACCGACUACCAAUUCGUCAAGCGAAAAUUCGAGCAAGCUGGUUAUCCGCUUCCAGCCAUUGUAUUUUGGAAUCUUCGGGGAAAUGGCAAGCGCUCUAAACCAGUUACCAAAGAUGAAAAGAACGUCGCACUCGUUUCUGGCUUUUCUGGACAAAUGCUAAAAACUUUUCUUGAAAGAGGAGAGUUCGAUUCACCUUAUUUAGCUAUGCUUCAGACACUUGGAACAACCUACGAUCAUUUAAAAGUAAUUGACUAAUGCAGUUGUGCACUCCGUGAUAUUCUUUGUUUAUGCAAGGCAUAUGCUAUACAUAACGCAUAACAUUUCUGCUGUUGUUCUUAUGUUUUCUAAAUUUCUUGAUCUGUGUUUUCUUUUUUUACUUUGAGCUGAUAAGUUUACGAGUCCUAGUCCCUUCCACCUUUCUAUCGAUUUCCAAAGCCUCUCGAUAUCUCAUAACACCGAACCAUAAACUAUUUCUUCAUCUGAUACAUAUAAAUGCCUUUUCAUGGAAUUUCGUUUCUCGUAUGCAGAUAUUGUAUUUUUCUUUGGAAUUUGGAUUCACUUUCGCUUAACUCUUUGGAGGUUGAAGGACUUGGAGCUAUGGCGCAAUUAUCUGAUUAGCUAAUAACAUCACAAUGCACAAAUAAAUUCUCUAAUUCAGAA